UUUGCUGACUUGUGCAUUUAUUCAAUGCACAUGACAGCUGUGUUUAAUAACUUAAAACCUACUUUGUGGAUGGAAAGGUGUCUGAUUGUUUUAUUUAUUUUUAUUUUUUUAGCUUAGUGUCGCUAAAUAAAAUGUUAAAAAACAUGACCAUGUGAAGACUCUAAAUAAACAAAAUGAAUUGUAGGAAUUCUAUUCUGGACAGGAAGAGCAUUGGUGUUCAAAGAGUCAGUGAUGCACUUUGAUCAUUUCAUCAUCGUACAGGAGCAUGUCUAUCUUAUGUGUGUGUUGCAUCACUGCUCACAUGUGAAGCACAGAGCCCAAGAAGCAGUCUCUCCUUUGAGAAAGGGCAACGUGCCUUGUCAUUCUACAUGAAAUGCAGAUUCAGGGGACAGAAUGAUCCGUCAUCUCGCCUGCAGCUGGCUAGUCAGGGAUCUGAAUCAUCUAUGUACAGGGUUUUUUUUUUUUGCAAGGCGCUGACGAUGCUGUGUUGUACGUCAUGUUUCUGACUGUGGAGCACCAACUGGGUAUCUGUCACAACACACUCCCCUUUGCUGAAGGCCAGGUCCGUUUGAUUCUGUGUAAACAAACCCAGCAGCUUCCAAACUAGUCAAGAGGCCACCGACAGGGAACUCAGCGAUGAAUAAGCUAAGGCAGAGUUUCCGACGGAAGAAAGACAUCUACGUGCCAGAAUCCAGUCGACCUCACCAGUGGCAAACAGACGACGAAGCGGUUCGCACCGGGAAAUGCAGCUUUGCAGUCAAGUACUUGGGACAUGUGGAGGUGGAGGAAUCUCGGGGGAUGCACAUCUGCGAGGAUGCUGUAAAGAGGCUGAAGACAGACAGGAAAUUCUUCAAAGGAUUCUUUGCAAAAGCUGGAAAGAAGCCAGUGCGCGCUGUGCUGUGGGUCUCUGCAGAUGGGCUUCGUGUCGUCGAUGACAGAACUAAGGAUCUGAUUCUGGACCAGACAAUUGAGAAGGUGUCUUUCUGCGCCCCGGACCGGAACUUUGAGAGAGCCUUUUCCUACAUCUGCAGGGAUGGAACCACACGUCGCUGGAUCUGCCAUUGUUUCAUGGCCAUCAAGGACUCCGGCGAGCGCCUCAGCCACGCUGUGGGCUGCGCGUUUGCUGCCUGCUUGGAACGGAAACAGAAACGAGAAAAAGAGUGCGGGGUGACGGCAACCUUUGAUGCCAACAGAACCACUUUUACCCGCGAGGGCUCCUUUCGUGUUACUACGGCAACAGAGGCUGCAGAGCGGGAGGAAGUCAUGCGGCAGCGACAGGAUGCUAAAAAAGAAAGUGAUUUGAGAAUCACUGGAAGCUCAAUGACCGGAAUCACCAACUCUUCAGCCCAGCAGUCAGGGGGGUCCCCGUCCCCAUCGUCGUCCCCUCCCCUGCCUGUGGCCUCGCUGGGACAUCAAGCAAUCCCUCGCAGACACGCGCCGGCGGAGGCUUUGGCGCGGCAGGGCUCUUUCAGAGGUUUCCCUUCUCUCAGCCAGAAGACCUCUCCCUUCAAACGGCAGCUGUCUCUGCGGCUGGCCGAGUUGCCCUCCACCAUGCAGCGCAAGUCAGACUUUCCCAUACAGAAUGUGGUCCCUGAGGUAGAAGGAGAGGGAGACAGCAUCAGCACGCUUUGUACUCAGAUCACUUCAACUUUCUGCAGACCCCCAGAGGACCCUUUCUCCUCGGCUCCAAUGCCCAAGCCAUCUUCAUCUCCUCAGUCUCCUGUAGCACCAGUGAAUGGCUCAGCUCCUGCCUUCUCUGUCCCUGCCGCUGCUGUUCCUGCACCUGCUCACAACCCAGUGCUGCCUCCUGCUUUGCCUGCUAGAGAAACUAACCCAUGGGCUCAUGUCCCUGCUGGGGCCCCGACCCCAGCCCAACCAGGUACUGACUGGUCGUCCCAGAACCCGGUGAUCGUCAUCCCCUCAUCAUCUCCAGCUCAGAAUUCCCACCGACGCACGCCCUCGGAAGCAGAUCGCUGGUUGGAUGAAGUGUCCAAGUCCGUGCGAGCGCCGAUGGCUAACCCAACCAUGGUAGCGGCUUCACCCCCGACUCAGCCCUUCCCUCCUCCGAUGCCCGUGGCUUCUGCACCAGUGGCCUUUGUCCCCUCUCUGCCCCCAGCGGUGCCCCUGCUGCCCCCUCGCCAGCCUGCUUUUCAUGCCCCGGCCCCGUCUUACCCCCUGUCCAACGGGAUGUCCUUCCCUCAGCCUGGUCUGCCUGUUGUGGGCAUCACUCCUUCUCAGAUGGUGGCUAACGUGUUUGGCUCUGCCACACAACCUCAACUCUUCCCCGCCUCCAGUGCGCCGCAGCAUGACGCCCACAUGGUCUCAAACAUCAGCCCCUAUAUGAAGCCCCCACAGCUUCCCACGGUUCACCCGGCCCCUGCGCAGCCGAUGAACGGCAGUGAGGCCUUGAACGGGUCAAACAGCUGGUCUGCUCCGUCCCAGUCUGCUACUUCCUCACCAGCAACUCAGCCUAUGGCUCAACCUCAAGAAGAUGCGUUCGAGGCCCAGUGGGCUGCUCUGGAGAGCCGCUCCCGCCAACGCACCACGCCGUCCCCGACAAACCCCUUUUCCACCGAGCUGCACAAAACUUUUGAGAUCCAGCUCUGAACGCAAGUCAGCACAGAGGCCGUUUGAUCUAAGAACGCAGUGACGAAGAAAGUGAAGAUGGUUUUCUCAUGCCUGUCUGUCAGUGGAUAAGCUCCAUACAAAAACAACCAGACCAAGAAAAUCAUGGAAAGAUCGCACAACAGAGAGAGAGAUGCAAAAAAAAAACACCGGGGUUGAAUCGUACUCUCACAUCAUCUGCUGUGGCUAACCGCUACCUUGUGGAAUAUCUGAGCCGGUACUGAUACUGAUGACUUCAUAUUCAAAACCGUCUUCAUAAACUGCUUAAUUCAGCUCAGAGCGCCCCCUGUUGGCAGGACACCCCUCUAUCAGACAGACUGCAGCGCAGAGGGAAGACUAGUGAGACGAUGCCAAAAUCUUUAUUUUUAUGCAUUAAGUAUAUUUUGAAUAGUUUUGGAAUCUAACAGAAGAGUAACUUCGCCAAAGGCAGAGAAUAGCAACAAGUUUAUGUGCGUGUAAACAGAACAUGAUGGUAUAUAUUAUACAUAAAAUGAUAUAUAAAGAAUCUAUACUGUACACACAGCUCGAUGCAGUGCUCAUUUUUAAUGUGAUGUAUAGAGAAUAUGUGAAGGGACAGCUGCUUUCUGUGUUUUUACUUUUGGAUUCUUUUAUGGCUUUGUUUGUUUUAAAGAAAUUCUCGUCUCAUCCCUUGAUUUGGAUGUAAAGCAUCUCAUUUGUAAAUAUGAAUCAUUGCAGCAACAAUCAAAGUGGACCUAGUGAAUGGUGGCGGUGCCCGACUGGUUGCCUCUCUGACCUUUGCUCAGUUUUUACUUGCUGAGUCUACGCUCUGUUCUUUUUUUUUUUUUUUUUUUUUUUUUUUUAGUGUUGUAGGACGUCAUCUCCCAUUUGUAAGUUCAUGUUGUUAAUUGAUUUCAGCAUUUUGAUUUUGCACAAGCACUGAAGUAGUGAUUUAACCUCAUAGGUGAUUCUAAUCAACAUGGGAUGUUCUGCUGUGGUGCUGAAAUGUUGACCUGUUCCGGCUGCGUCAGGGAGAUGUAAUGGUUUUGUGUCUUAAUGUCUGACUUCUUUAUGUUAUAUUUUUUUCCAUAAAAAUCAAACCUGUGAAUACAAAUUGUUCUCAGAUCGUUUUAUUUUCUUCACUCUGUUUU